UUGUUUGGUUAAGGAAAUAAAUCAUUCUGGUUCACACUCCAAAAUAUGGGUGGCAGUAAUGCACCUUAACGCUGGUUGCCACCCGCCAUAAGACGGAAAGAAGAAGAAGAAGAAGUUGACCCCGGACACUAAAUAAACAACGUAAAGCUAGUUUGCUCUGGAGCUUCCGAUUCUUGGCAAGCACCCUGCGCUCAGUGAGCCAGUAAUAGCAGUCCGCAGCUUGUGUUCUGAAGUCACCAAUAACGUUACCAGUUUGUGUUUCUCACAAGCUCUUAUUUGUAUGAACUGGUAGCCCAGCCAGCUACUCAGCUGAAGCUAACUGCUAAUGCAACAGUGACUGAAAAAGAGGAACUGUUAGCAGGACAUGUUCAGAGCAAGGUGGGAUCUGAGGACACAGAAAGUUGAGGUGUAGCUGUGGAGCGAUCAGGGGUGACAAAGGGACUCUCGCUGUGGAGAACACCUCAGCAUGGUGAAGACAGCAAAGAUGGAGCUGCUGAGAGCACUGGUCAGUGAGUGCUUGUCUGCAGCCGCCGAGGAGAUCUUCAAGAUUGUACAAAGAACCCUUUUAGACUAUGAAGAGGAAAUUUCCUGUUCAAAGUGGGUGGUGGACAGCCACCGCAGACUGCUGGAUGUUGCCAAGUCACAUAGUGAAGACUCUGUCCAGAUUUCUGCCACAGAUGUGAAGUUGCAGUCUGGUCAGCAGCAGCCAGCUGCCAGUGUGAACGUCCGUGUGUGCUGGGAGGAACCAGAACACACCAGUUCAGAGCCAACAGAAGCCUAUCCCAAGAUAAACAACGCUCAUCCUGACUCCUCUCCUGAUCAAAGGGAUGAGCAGAUACUGAUUGAUAUUGAAGAUGGUGAUGUGAAGCAGGAGUGUGACCUGAACAAGCCUUUGAAAAUCCUCCAGGUGAAGAAACCAUUCAAAUGUCCUGUUUGCUUAAGCGAUUUUUCCUCCAAAAAGACGAUGGUACGACACCUCAAAAGGCAUCCGGAAGACAAAUCAUCAUCGUACCAGUGUCAGUUCUGUGACCGCUACUUCUGCCAAAAGUCUGAAUUCAUCAUUCACACCAGGACACACAAAGGUGCCAAAUCAUACAAGUGCCAAGACUGUGACCGAAGCUUUGACCAGACAGACAGUCUGCUUAUUCACAGACAAAAACACACUGAGGAGAAACCAUAUCAGUGUUUUAGCGAAAAGAUGGAUGCAGACACUCCCCUCAAAUCAAUGACACCUGCCAGUAAGAUUGAAGAAGUGCUGGAUUCCAGACAGGAUGAAUCAGGCAUUAAGACAUUUCCACUUACUAUCACUCCCUAUGAUAAAAAUGAGUUUGAUCAGGAGUCUCUGCAGCCCUUGUGUCUUUACCAAAUCCAGACUGUUGCUGAUAUAGAUAAAGACUCUGCAUCUGCAGUUCUAGUUGAUUACAUCAAAACUGACCCAGCUGGAACUGACGGUGGAGUAUCAGACAGCACCACAGAUGAUCAACAGCUCCUUUCAGUGAACCCAUGUGAACAGUGUGAAGGUGAGACAGACCCCAAUCAUCUCAACAUAAAAAAUAUCCUGCCAAGAAGACCUUCAGGGAAGUCCGCGGACCUCAUUGUUCAGUUUGAAGCAGGAACGUCACAGAAACCCUACAAGUGUCCUUGUUGCACAAAAUGUUUCUCCCUGACUAAGACUUUAAUAAGACACUUAAAGAUCCACACAGAGGACAAACCGUAUCAGUGCCAGUUUUGUGGAAGAAACUUCUGUCAGAAGUCAGACCUGAUCAAUCAUACAAGGAUACACACAGGAGAGAGACCUUAUCGGUGCCAAGAGUGUCACAAAUCCUUUGCACAGAAAGGCAACCUGGUGGUUCACAUGAGGAAACAUUCAGUAGAGAAACCGUAUCAUUGCCAAGAGUGCAGCUGUAGCUUUGAUCAGAAAUCAUCUUUAAACUGUCACAUGCAAAGCCACAUGUAGAUUGCAGCUUUGUCUGAAGACUGGUUAACACAUUUGAGUACUUGUUUGGUUGUGAGUGAAAUGUAUCUGUAGCAAGUGAAGUGCUGAAAGCUUGAGUUGUUUGUCUGGUCAGACAGAUCUCUUUGAUCAUAGGGUUAGGAUUUAAAAUCCAUUUUAUCAAACAAUGUCACCAUAAGGUUCAUUCGUAGCUCUUCUGAAACUUUUUAUUGUAUCACACAAUAUUCUCAAGUAGCGUUCAGACAGAGUGUGUUUUUUGCAGUGAGAGGUGUCUUUUUCCAGUUUUCUAUAAGCAUUUUGUGCACUGUGUAGUGUGUAGCGUUUUUAGACGCUUGGAACUCUCGAUGUCAUGGGCGUAUUUCCCCAUUGUCCAAUUGCAUGACACUAGUGGAGAACAAACUACAGGUAGUUGUUAGAUAAACAGUAGGCUGGGCCUAUAGCAAAAAUAAAUGCUCAGCCACUCUGCUGGACCAACAGACUUAUUUUAGUUGUUGGUCAUUUUUGUGAUGCUAGGUCCGACCAUUGAUCGCAGAUUGUCAAACAGCCCCCCGACUCAUCCUAAAAUAACUCUGGGAAUCCACUGACUCCGGCUACGGCACUUUAGGGGUUUGAUGCGUCCAUAGCCCGAUGUCAAAGUCCACUGGAAGCGUCUCAGCAGCGGAGCGUGCAGCCUGCUUCACGUUUUUGACUUGUUAUUAAUUUGUCAUUUUUGUGCUUCUACUACCUUCUUCACAGCUCUAUGUGACCCUGUUUC